UGCAUCAACAGAAAUUGCCACCCUCGUUAGAUUAGAUUGUAAUAUAUUUUACCGAUUGGGGGCGCCACCACUGACCGAUUGUGUAAACAUAUUUCAGAGAGUAAGACGAAAACGGAAGUAUCCCACACUUCAGUGCUCAUCUGUGCUGUGUGUUUUAUUUAUGUUUGACCAAAAAUGUGCACUGGUUGUGUGCAGAAAGAAUAUCCUGACAGGGGUAAUACCUGUCUUGAGAAUGGUUCUUAUCUGAUUAAUUUUCUUGGCUGUGCCAACUGUCACCAGCGGGACUUUGUACUGAUCAGUGACAGGACUCUGGUGAAUGAGGAUGAGGAGGAGAUUGUCACUUACCUUCAUAUGUGCAAGAACUGUGAUCAUGUUAUAGCCAGACAUGAGUACACAUUCACUGUGGUGGAUGACUAUCAGGAAUACACAAUGUUGUGUAUGUUGUGUGGAAAGGCAGAGGAUUCCAUCAGUGUUUUGCCAGAUGAUCCCAGGCAAACAGCACCUCUCUUCUAGAGUAUUUACACUGAGCCAGAGAUGGGACAUUCUCUUAGCAUGGUUAUGAAUGUUUUGAGGGAGCCAUGACGCAUGCAGAGUUUUGCAUAGGUUAGCACUGGAGAACGGCAUACAUAUACUCUAGGUGAAUAUAUCGCAGGAUCCAUUGUGUUCUUUGUUUCUACCAUUUUUAACAGUUUCUUUUACACCGUACUGCUCUGACUCAUAAAGAUACAUGAGUCAUAAUAUGAACAAGUGCUCCUCAAGGUUGUCAAGACCCCUUGAUCAUCCUUUGAUGUUUUAAUCUUGGUUGGUGGAAACGUUCUACCAAAAUUGGUUUGAAUAGAUUAGCAGUUUGUAACACAGGUAGGCUUAUACUGGCUUUCACUUCAAAAAAAGUAUAAAGAACACAUUUAAAUUAGGCAGAUGGAAUACCCGCAAAGAUGGUACACCCAAGAUUUGUUUGUUUUUUGGUAUGCUUUGUCUAAAUAAACUAGAAAACAAUG